GACCUCUUUCGCUCGUCUUCAUACUCUAGUCACAUCAUGCCUAAGCAAGUCUCAUCGAAUUCGGACGUUCUCCUCUACUUUCUAGCCAUCUUCGUCCCUCCAGUACCUGUAUUCAUCAAGCGCGGCUGCAGCAACGCCUUCUGGAUCAACAUCAUCCUCUGGCUCCUGGCCUGGAUUCCCGGCGUGAUUCAUGCAUGGUACAUCAUCGCCAAGAACGAGGAUAACAGGCCCGGGCGGUACGCGCAGCAGGGACAUGUGCCUCCGCAGGGAGCUCCUCCCGCUGCUGGAGGAGGGGCGUAUGGACCUGGGUACUCGCAGGGACCUUAUCAUCAGGGACCGCCGCCGCCGGCACAUGGACAUGCUGGAGGGUACUCGCAGCCCGCACCUGGCUAUGGAGCGAAGUAUUGAUAGAAGCAAGACGGAUGGUCAAGGACACACGGAACUUAUGAGUGUGGUCAGAUGGGACAAGGAAAGGGACUAAUGAACUCAGGACGGAGCACAGCGUAAUGCACAUACCCCAAGGCCGCAAUCCGGCCCUUUGUCUCCGACAUAUCUAUGGAGAUCUCUGUUCUCAAACGGUACAGGGGUGAAGUCUAUAAAUGGAUGGAUGAAAACAUUGCAGAAGCUAUGAAGUACAUUGAGUGGUUCUGAGAGCGUGCUCAGGGGCCACGGCCCUGAUGCGAGAGAAGGGUCGCCGAAAAGACGAUAAGAGGUCCGUAAUGAUGCAAGGAAUUUACAUGACAAAUGAUGCGGGAGCUUCCAUGGUUGCGGAUAUGACAUGAGGGCUUCUGUGCUGACGAUCGAUGUUGAAAUACUUGCGAAUGAAGUCUGGGUGCGCGC